CUGAAUUGGGUCCAUUCGCUGAGCGCGGGAAUGCACGUGUGCGCCCAUCUCUGAUGGCAUUGACAUCAAUCGCACACCACCGAUUUCGGUUUCCGCAGACACCGCACAGCGAGUCAAGCCGACCGUGCCUACAGCAACCUCACAGGGGAGCAAGUGAAGACGCUCCCUGAAAUCACUAUGGCGAUGAUGCGGAGGGGCUCCUGGACGUCAUACCUACUCAUGAGCGUGCGGAAGCAACUGACGGUCUGACCUGUCCGUCAACGACUGAUCGUGAUGAAAUCCUGAAUCUCCCAUGGUCUCGCUAGUUCUCGCUUCGGCGGGCGGAAAUAUCCAGAAUCCAAGGUCGCUAUCUUGGUUCUGUCCUUACCCUAUACUCGUGAUCUUGCUGCUCGUCGCCCCCGCUGGCGUUGACGACCCGACCACGAACUGGGCUGCAAUAACAGCCCUAUCUACUGUCUGGCUCUGCCCCGUUGCAGACAGGCGCGCCACACUCGUUUGCACGCUCGCUAAUCGCUAUGACAUCGCUAUGGGCCACCCCGUUUCUCGCCCUUCCUCUCCUCUUCCUACUAUUCCUGGCUGCUGUCCCCGUCGUGGAGAGCGCGAUUACUAAUACGACCGUUGACGAUGCCGACCCUGCGUUUGUUUUCUCGGGCUCGUGGACUCCCACGUCGGCCGCGCACCCGUGCGACUUCUGCUCGUCGAAGCCCGACCCGUCGCAGACGUUCGACCAGACAUGGACCGACGGGAACUACCGCGCUGGGUCGAAGACACUGACGACGGGGACAUUUACAUUCACCGGCUCCGCGGUGUACAUCUUCGGGAUCGACCAGGCCGACUCGCAGCCGGACAUCGUCUUCACGCUCGGCGCGACGACCGCGACGCACCACUACACGGGCAGCGCGCGCUUCGCGUACAACGCGCUGUUCUUCGCGGCGACGGGCCUGCCGGCGGACCAGACGCACACCGUCAGCUGGGUGUUCAACACGAAUCCCACGACCGGCGUGCAGGUGCAGGCGGCGCUGUUUGACUAUGCGGUCGUCACGAGUGGGAGUGCCGAUCCGCCGACACAGCCGGCAGCGCCGCCGUCAACCAAUACGCCAUCGCCCACUACGCCCGCGGCUGCACCCGCGACGAGCCUUGUCACAGUGAUCAAGACACAGGCUGCCCCUUCUCCUUCCCCAACCCUGUCCGCAGUAACCGCAAACUCACCCAACAGUCUCACCACUACCACCACCACAAGUUCGGUCUCUGUAACCACUAUCUUGAAGAGCGUCAGUCCUGCUGGUCAAUCUUCCUCCUCUUCCUCAGCCAAUAAAGCAUCAUCGGCCGUCUCGGAAACAGCCUUGGCCCAUGCUGUUGUCUUAUCUACCUCGGCCACCUCUUCUCAAACGCCUGUCCCUACCUCAACACAAGACUCGCCUGCGGCUCUGACUUCCGCGCACCAUGUCGAUGUCGGUGCGAUCGUCGGUGCGGUCAUCGGCGUGCUCGUCGGCGGCGUUCUGGCUUUCGUGCUCUUCGUGCUCUUCCGGCGGCGGAGGCAGGUCAAGCGGUCGCAGCAAGAUGCCGAGCGGCGGGCGGCUGGUCUCCCGCCGGUGCAGGGCGAGAUGCGCAGGAUCCGGGGCAACAAUGUGCUGCAGCCAUUCGUGGACGAGCGCCCGCCCGCUUCGCUCACCGUCGGGAACUUAUUUGCGACGAGCACAUUCGCCUCGGCCUCCUCGAACGCCAAUCCCCCGCUGUCGCGGAGCGGGACGAUGACUCGUGAGACGUUGCCGCUGUCACCUGAGGCCGCUGCUGCACCUUUGUCUGUCGACACGCGUGCAGGCCGAUUCCCGCCUGAGAAAAUGGCGGGAUAUAUUGUGCCCACCCCGGUCGCCGGCCCGUCGCGCUCCAUAUCGCGGCAGCCGUCCCAGUCGCAGUCCGAGACAUCCUCGCGCAGAGAUACGGUCUACUCCGAGGCGAAUCCCCCGUCACUAUACCCCUCUGAGCGGGAACGGUAUCUCGAGCAGCGUCUGGCGACGCUGGAGGCCCACGUCGCUAAUCAGCUGCCGCCGCCGUACGAACAGCCCGAGCCGCCGGCGACCCCAGGUCUCCCGCCGCCUGCAAUUUGA